GCUAAAAUUGACUAUUCAUCUCAAUAACGCUGCUCGAAUGAAAUAUAUUCUUUACAUUAUAUCGGCUUGGAUCAUUCCAGCUACUGAAGCUUCAGCGGGAGAUUUCGCAUUCGCUCUUGAUCUUACAUCUCCGCUAGACUUGGCUGGAGCAAAAUGCAUCAAGCAGAGUCUUUAUCCCACAGUAUUUCUUCGAGGAUCUUCACCGUACGAGCAACUGCCGGCUAAUAUCUGCCAAAGCGUUCGAAAUGCAAAGGAUGCUGGUCUUCAAGUGGAAGUUUUUAUGACCCCCGAUCCACUGCAAGAGGAGUCGAAACAACUAGAGAAUCUGUACAAUACACUGCAAAACUGUGACUUCAAUGUUCGAAGCAUAUGGCUGCAGAUUACUUCACCAAUUAAUUGGCCAGAUACUCCCAGAAAGAAUGUUGAUCUAAUCGAACGAAUGAUUGAUAAAGCCAGUGAGUAUGGCAUCGCACUUGGAAUAUACACAAAUCAUUACGAUUGGAAGCAAAUUACGGGGGGAAAUAUUAGCAUGGACAAAGCUAAAAUGCUCUGGUAUUGGAGCGUACCGCGGGUGGGACCAGAUGCUGAAGAUAAUCCAAACUUUGACAAUUUUCGCCCAUUCGGUCCCUGGAGGACUCCGGCAGCAAAGCAAUUUGGGCAGAUGGAGCUGAUCUGUGGUUACGUAGCUAACAGAAAUAUCUAUAGACCUUCAAAAAUUUCGAUUGGAAUUGGAGCAGGAAUACGCCGAGACAACUCACGCGACAUUGGUUUUAUUGGUUUAAAAUAAAUGAAAUACUCCUUUACUGACAGGAGCAUAUCAUCAGAUAUUAUCUAUUUAUGAGAAUGAUUAACAAUUUCGACAGUAAUUGUUUGAUCUACC